UUUAAUACAAAAUCACUCAGCAAAACAGACCAGGCGAAAAUAUGAAUACUGAACAAAAUUAUCUAAAAGCUGACUUGGACACUGACGUGGAGUUUCUCAAGGAUGCAAUUGAUAAAUCAAUAGUCUCGGGUCUUACCGUGGAGCAGCAGGCAUGCAAGCAGCUCUUGGAGUCUAUCUACGGCAGGGCCAAGCGACUCAUGCUAAAGGCUCAGAAAUAUGCGGAAGAUGAGCAGCGACAGGACAUUACACUCGCGGACUGGAAGAAGGUGCAAAGGUUGCUGCCGAAAAAGAGCAAGCUGCUGAGCAUCAAUGAGAAGAACGACAUCAUUGCGAGCCAAGACCAAGCCAUGCCAACGGCCACUACCACGGGCCCGUGCUCCCGGCUGAUGCUGCCGCCGCUGCGGCAAUGCAAGUUGGGUCCCACGGUCAUCUUGAAGGGAAUGUCGCGUCUACAGGUUACUGCGGCACCACUGAAGAAAGAGAAGAGCGACAUCAUUGCUAACCAAAAGCCGGACAUGCCAAUGGGCACUACCUCGGGCCCGUGUUCCCGGCCGAUGCUGACGCCCGUGCGCCAUUACAAGUGGGGUCCAACGGCCACUUUGAAGGGAAUGUCGCGUCAUGCUUCUCAUGCGAGUGCUGCGGUUGCUCAGGCGAAUGCUGCUGCUUCUCAGGCGUAUGCUGUAGCUCCUCAACAGAGAGCUGCAGUGUUCCAGCGCCCCAAGGUCAUGCCAGGUCGUACCCAGGCACCACCCAAGAAGAGUUCCACAGCGUCGAAGACUUCUGCAUCGAGCGCCCAAUAGGGCGAACAUCAAAUUCUGCAAUGUCACUGAGAUCUAGAUAUGGACAAAAAUUUCACUGAAACUAUCGCUUGCUUAAUUUGUCAUCUUUUUGCAGACUAAUUCAAUCACACAGUUAUCCAAUUUAAAUGUUGAACUAAAUUUGGCGACCAAUUAUGAAAGGACAACUCCAUCCUGCAUAUCCGAACAAACGACCUCAAUGAACCUCUGAGAAUGAGAGAGGAAAAUACACACACGAGCUAAAAAUAAAGUUUUAACAAAUUAUCAACGCACAACGUAGAUGAAAGUUUUCUUUUUUCCACACAGGU